AUGGCAAAGACUGUCAGCUUGAGGUCUCGACUGGUUUCAACUCUUGAAGCAAGACGGGACAAGGGGCUUUACUUCGAACUUCGCGCACCUGAGGAAUCCGCCAUCGAUUUUGCCUCAAAUGACUACCUCGGCAGCAACCAGCCAGGCAGUCCGUUUCAAAAGUACCUGGAACAGACGAGGCUCAGAGGCGAUGAGUUGCCCACGUGCUCGACAGGAUCGCGACUCAUGACCGGCCAUACCAAAGCUAUUGAACGGUUUGAAGUAUUGGCGGCCAAGCUUCAUGGCGCCGAGGCUGCCCUUCUCUUCAAUUCUGGGUAUGACGCUAAUCUUUCCCUCCUAGGCACGUUACCGGGACCUGAUGAUUGUUUUGUUUUUGAUGAAUUCGUUCAUGCAUCUGCACAUGACGGGAUGCGUUUGAGCCGAGCGAGGUCGAACCUCUACUGCUUCGAUCAUAGCAACAUUAGCUCAAUGACUGAGAACAUUAUUCGGGCAACCAAGGAGCAUUCCGGAACAAUUUUUGUUUGUGUUGAGACUGCCUACUCUAUGGAUGGAGAUGUUGCGCCGCUGACGGAAAUGCUCGAAAAGUGUCGCACUCUGAUGCAAGAACUGGGAAGGGACGUUUUCUUGAUCGCAGAUGAAGCACAUUCCGCGGGAUUGUUCGGAGAAAAUGGAGCAGGUUUUGUGUCCGCGCUCAAGAUGAACACCCACCCGAAUCUGAUUGGAAGGCUCGUCACCUUCGGGAAAGCUUUCGCUGCACACGGUUCUGUCAUCCUUGGACCUAAGCUCGUCAUCCGCUAUCUUAUCAAUCAUAGUCGACCGUUCCUCUUCUCUGCGGCGUUGCCUCCGAAGCUAAUUACGGCUAUGACUGGAGCCUAUCAAUUUGCGUUUUCCAAGGAAGCCGAGGAUGCGAGGAAGUUGGUUUGGGAGCGUGUGGCAUUCUUCAACCGCACGGCUGCGAAAUACCUACCUGCUGAGAUGCUUCCGAAGACAAAUGGAGAAAGCGCAGUUCAGGUCAUCCUUGUGCCUGGUGUAAGGCCUUGUAUUCAAGUCUGUGAUCGUUUAGUAGAAAAUGGAUUCAACGUUUACCCCGUCGGUCCUCCUGCUGUUCCUGCCGGUGGGGAGCGGCUCCGUUGCGUAAUCCACGCCCACAAUAGUGAGCAAGAUAUUGAGAGGUUCCUUCAGGCGGUGGCCAAAGCAAAGGCGAUGCAUGGCCCUUCGUCAUCAUCAUGCAUUUCGUCUCGCAAGAGAGCCCUCUCUUCAAUGAUAUUUAUCCUUUCCCUUCGUUAUGGUUGCGACUACCCAAAAAACUGUUCGUGUAGGGAAUACCUGUUCAGCACAUAUCUUAUCAAGAUGUACCCUCCUCUCAGAAAUGCUGUGUGGAACAUCCAGCAGCGACUCAGUGCACACAAAUGUUUUGAGCCCGCUCUUAUUUCUUUUGAGCCGGUAACUUUGCGUCUCGAUCCGAAGAUGCGUGCUCUCCCGAGGUUGGCAAUGUCGCUCCGGCAUUACUCGAGCUACGCAAAGAAAACACGACCGGUGCUGCCCAGAACGACCGAUGCCGCCGCGUUCACCAAUCCGUGUGAAGUUGAAAGAUACUUGCAUUCAGUAAAAAAUACGCUACCUCUCAGAGCUCAACAAAUGUUAGAUGAUGGCGUGCUACACCAGUGCAAUCCGAGCGGUCAGACAUGGAACGGAAGAGAAGUUCUCGAAGCAUACAUCGGACAAUGUCAAGAUGCGGAAGAGCGGCAAGAGGCUGUCGUUUGUUUUUCAAUUCUUUUGAGUCGAUACCGUCUCUCUCUAACAUGUUGCCAGAAAUGCCUAUAUCCGAUGGAGAGGUGCAUCUGCGAUUGCGUGAGAAGAGUUGUACCUCGUCAUCACCUUUGGUUAUUCCAACAUGCCGGAGAGUAUGGGAGAAACAACAAUACAGGGAGCUUGCUCUGCUUGAUGGCAGGAGCCCAACGGGCAAUUCGAGGUAUUCGGGAGCAACAAAAGCGGAUGUUGGAUCAUAUUGAACGGAAUCGCACGUCAACAGUGAUUUUGUUUCCGAACAAGAGCUCUACUACCCUUGAUGAGUACAGGCGAGACCGAGUUGUUAGCAUGGGUUCCAAGGGGGAAGGACCGUUGACUCUUGUGCUUCUGGAUGGUACUUCGCGGCAAGCGAAGAAUUUUGACAGGUUCAUGCCCAGCGAUAUCCCGCGAGUUCGCAUCAGGGAGACCAGCGUGCGUUCAUGGCUUGAUCCGAUUCGUCGACAGACAGAAGAGCAUCGCGUGUGUACUGCACAAGCGGCCGCAAUGAUACUGAGUGAGCUUGGGGAUGAAGACACGAGCGAGGCCAUUGAGAGUGCAGUGAGAAGCGUGCUAAAGAUUGCUGAAAUGAGGCGAUACGCUGUUUCAUUGAGCUACAGGAAGGAAAAGCGCUACCCCUCGAAUCUUUUCGGAUGACUUGGAUCCAGCGCAGGCAAUGUCCGGAAGUUGUGUUUGUCCUCACUUCUAGAGCAUGGGGGCGUCAGUCGCAACGGCAUCCGGGAAGGAAUUCACAGGAUGAAUGAUGAGCUCAGAGCACCGCACCAUGACAUGCGAAAGAUGGUUGAUAGUGCGUGCCAUUAUGGUGCUUGUGGGACAAAUUCACUGUAAUGAAAGUUCUCUUUUGUUAUUUUUAGGGAGGUAUGGCCAUGAAAAUAUCUGGCUGAAGGCCGUCACACGGAACUGACCAGGUCGCCUUUGGGCGUGAGCGUUGGUGUCAAAGGGAGAGAGAGGACCUCCACGCUAACCGGGCACAUUUGAAAAGAGCCGCCGGUUUUUGCGAAAGAAGAACAGAAACAUGCGCAGAGGCGAAACAGGGUCAUGCCCGUGGGGCACGCUUGGAGUGAAGCGGACGGCGUCUGCGGACGAGGUACGCGAGGCGUACCGCAAAAUGGCAUUCAAGUAGGUUAAGGACAGGGCUUGCGAUUCAAGUGGCAAAUAAGAAAGAGAAUCCAGAGCCAUGUCUUACUUAUUCUUUAUGGCACGCGUUGAUAUCAUGCGGGUUUUACGUUAGGUGGCAUCCUGAUCUGAACCGAGGGACAGCAGAAGCCGGACGACGUUUUCAAGUAGUGACUGAAGCAUUUCAUGAGAUCAAACGUAUACACGCAACAGACGAGGGCAAUCGAGCGCGAUUUGGGACUCAUUAUGGAACAGCGUCAGGGCCAAGGCAACACACAAACUACAAUUAUCGUCAAAGCUCUCGUUCUACUUCGUAUGACUUUCGCCAGAGAGGAACAAAUGCUGGGGGGAUGCGAAGUGGGUAUGCGGAAGAGGAAGCUUUCAGGAGAUGGGGUAGAGGGGUGAGACAUGACAAUCUGCACAUGAUCAGAUCAAGACUGAGAAUGUUUGAAUCGCUCGGGAUGGGGUUGGGCCUGUUCGCGGCAGCUGUAGCAGUAAGCGUCGGAUAUGUAGGAACGGAAGUUGUAUGGCGGUCCGUAAAUCGAGGCAAGUCAUUUGAAGAGUUGGUGGAAGAAAUGCAAGGUAAAGCAGGCCAGAAGACCAGGGUGGGUCGGAGAAUGAGACGAGGAGGGAAGAAUGCGGAGGGGAAGAAUGCGGAGGGUGUAGAUGAUGUGAGUAGUUAACGCGGACCGAGGGCGCGGAGGGGUUUGCGUUUGGGACUUGAUGAGCUGACGGAAGACGAGCAGCGAGAGUAUCCUUCGGUAGGGUACCACCGCGGUAAAUUUUGGGCGACGGAACGAAGAGCGGUAGGGUAAAAUUAGAGGGCAUC